GGCAGUUGUAAACUGAUAAACCGUCAAAUUCCAGGAUCAGAGAGCAGUCAAGCCAACCUCUUCCCAUAAUUUUUUCAGCACAUAAAUCCGUUGUCACCUACGAAGAAAAGAACCAAACAAACAUUUUGAACACACAAAUAUCCUCUCAAGGUAAACAAAUAUCAAAAGACCAAAAACCAAGCAAAACAAAACCCUAAUGGAUGCAGUUGUUUCAGAGCUCGAAGGAAUUCUUCUCAAAGACCGAGACCCCUUUUCUUAUUUCAUGUUAGUAGCAUUUGAGGCAUCGGGUUUGCUUCGCUUUGCCUUGUUAUUGAUUUUUUGGCCUGUAAUUUGGUUACUAGAGAUGUUAGGGAUGGAAGAGUAUGGGCUCAAACUAGUGGUCUUCGUUGCCACUGCGGGUGUUAGUGAAUCGGAGAUUGAGUCGGUAGCAAGAGCCGUUUUACCAAAGUUUUACAUGGAAGAUAUUGACAUGGAGGCUUGGAAAGUGUUUAGUUCAUAUGAUAGAAGAGUUGUGGUGACUAAAAUGCCAAGGAUCAUGGUAGAAAGGUUUGUGAAGGAGCAUCUGGGAGCCGAUGAGGUUAUUGGGAGUGAACUUGUGAUAAGCCGGUUCGGGUUCGCCACUGGAUUUGUCAAGGGCAACAAUAUUGAUUCUUAUAUCUCGAGUCGUGUCGCCAAACUAUUUAUCGAUGAAAAGCCUGGUUUUGGACUUGGGACGAUUACUUCUUCAUUCUUAUCCCAAUGCAAGGAGCAAACACACCCCCCAUUCAUGGCCAAUCAAAACCAUUAUGAUCACCCGCUCGUCCGCCCUCUCCCUGUAAUCUUUCAUGAUGGCCGCCUGGUCAAGCGCCCAACACCAUCCACGGCUCUCCUAAUCAUCCUCUGGAUGCCACUAGGCAUCAUACUUGCAACAAUCCGAAUUCUAGUGGGAGUAAUGUUACCGAUGUGGGCUAAACCUUACUCGUCCAGAGUAUUGGGUGGCAAAGUCAUUGUCAAGGGCAAGCCACCACCGCCUGCGUCCGGUGGUAAUAGUGGUGUGCUAUUUGUUUGCACGCAUCGAACUCUAAUGGACCCUGUUGUCCUAUCCACGGUGCUAAGGCGUAAAAUCCCAGCAGUCACAUACUCCCUUUCGAGAUUAUCAGAGAUCCUAUCACCAAUCCCCACCGUUCGGUUAACAAGGAUCCGCAAUGUUGAUGCUAAGAAAAUCAAAACAGAACUAGCCAAAGGUGACCUCGUGGUUUGUCCAGAAGGAACAACUUGUAGAGAACCAUUUCUAUUGAGAUUUAGUGCACUUUUCGCUGAAUUAACUGACCAGAUAGUACCAGUGGCAAUGAAUUAUAGGGUUGGUUUUUUCCAUGCAACUACAGCAAGAGGAUGCAAAGCUCUGGACCCUGUAUUCUUCUUCAUGAAUCCUAGACCAGUUUACGAGGUGACUUUCUUGAAUCAGUUGCCAGUAGAAGCUAUAUGCUCAUCUGGUAAAAGCCCACAUGAUGUUGCCAAUUAUGUACAAAGAAUCUUAGCAGCUACAUUAGGAUUCGAAUGCACAAACUUCACUAGAAAGGACAAGUACAGGGUUCUCGCUGGGAACGAUGGAACAGUAUCGUACACUUCAUUCGUUGAUCAGAUCAAGAAGGUGGUGAGCACCUUCAAGCCUUUUUUUCACUAGCUAUCAUCAUAUAUGAAAAUAUAAGACUUAUUUAUAUAUCUGCUUCAAUU